UUCAGGGGACUGGGAGCUUUUGAAGGACCAGAGGAAAGAAAACCCAGGAAAGAUCUGUGAAUACCCUCUGUACAUAAAGGUCGUUACCACUGACACGAUGACCCCAGCCAUUUCCACAGGGCAGACCUUCUAUAUUUUUAAAGGUCCCUGAUCCUCUGCAACCAUGAUCAAAUUGUUAAGUGUUGCCAUUGUUGCCGCAUUGUUCUUGGAAAGCCACCAGCGGGUUGCCGGUCCUUACCUCUUACCUGCAGAAGUUCCAGAGAUGAAGCCAAAACUUCCCUGCGACUAUUACACCCACAUUCAAUGCUGGACUGACUGGUUUGACAGAGAUGACCCCACUGGAACUGGAGACUGGGAAACCUUCUCCGAUCUUUACAACGACAACCCUGGAAAGAUCUGCCCUGAACCACAGGGUAUGGAGGCCACGACUCUCUCUGGACUCAGUGUGGCCGCAGCAGGGGAGGUGAUUUUUAAAAAUGACGCCACUUCAGGAUUCGUCUGCAGAAACGUUGAUCAAAUCCAAAAGAAGAUGUGCAGUGACUACCGUGUUCGUUUCAGCUGCCAUUCCCCUUUCUGUGGUGGAGGAGUGUGCUGGACCGACUGGUUUGACCGUGACAAUCCCAGUGGCACAGGGGACUGGGAGCUUUUGAGUAACCUGAGGAAAGAAUACCCAGGAAAGAUCUGUGAAUACCCUCUGUACAUUGAGGCCGUUACCAGUGACACGAUGCCCCCAGCCAUCUCCACAGAGGAGAACUUCUAUAUCUUCAAUCCGACUCAGGGAUUUGUUUGCCGCAACAAGGACCAGAGAAAGCGCAUGUGCCGUGACUACAAAGUUCGCUUUGGGUGUCCUUGCAGAAGAAACCCGUGGAGCCGUGUGGCAUAGUGGGCCCUUGUUUCUAGGUGUUUGGGUCAGGGGGUCACAGGUUCAAACCCCAUGUUACGAUUAUUGUGUUAUGUCACGUUUUGUAUGUCUUGUUUUGGGUGUUUUGCUGUUCUCCCUGUCGUGUUUUCCUCCGUGUAUAUUGUCUG